UAAUCAGAAAACUUCACGGAAGUAAGUGAUUGCCAGUGAGGAAGUGCGCGCUGUAUGAUGAAACUCAAAGCAACGUAUUUUACACUGCUAAAAUUAGAGAAUCAACGAAAGUACAAUUUGAAUUUGUAACUGACUUCGGAAGCGUUUUACAAAAAAAAAAAAGAAAACAAAAAAAAACUACCUAAAACGGCUUCCCAGUUAAGAAAAGUGGCCAAGUGAACUGCGUCACCAGUAAUUGAGUGGUAAUCAUUUCAAGAAUUUGACUUCAUUUGCAACUUAUUGAAUGGGAAACAAAAUGAAGUUUCUAAUUGCAACGUUUGUUUUUUAUCUUCUGGUAAUGUACGCCGAGAGCUGGAACGACGGAGGGAAUGUUUUGCUUCGAGAGAUUCAAGUCAUCACUCUGUAUAAAGGACGACAUACAAAUUCCAGACGGACCAGUCCUGUGCCACAGCUGCAGUGCACUGGGGGGUCAGCUGGAUGCCUGGCUUUUGUUCCAGAAGUAGUGCAAUGCCAGAAUAAAGGCUGGGAUGGCUUUGAUGUGCAGUGGGAAUGUAAAACUGACAUGGAUAAUGCUUACAGAUUUGGAACCAUUGAAGUUAGUUGUGAGGGAUAUAAUUAUCCAGAUGACCCAUAUGUUCUAAAGGGAUCAUGUGGACUGGAGUACACCCUUGAACUAACUGAGCAUGGCACACAAAGCAGGAAAAGUUCCUAUGGCAGUGGGGGCUUUGGUUCAGGUUAUUUUCAGGGUUCAUCAAGCAACAUCAAUUCCCAGACGUCUGGUGAUGCAAGCAGCUUAAUUGUCGUUGCAGUACUACUGCUGUUUGCUUAUGGUGUGUAUAAAAUGUUUUUAUGUGGGCCACUACAAGGACAACAGCGGUUUCCUAAUGAUGACUAUCCGAACACCCACACACACGAUUACCAAAGUGGAACUCAUACAAUGGGUCCUCCACCUCCUGGAUUCAAACCUGAUUACAUGGGCAACACAGGCGACAGAAGUAAUGCAGGCUACACAGGUGCCUCAGCUGGAUUUGGAAGCACCAGUGAUGGAUAUGGUUUUGGUAACAACUUUGCAAGACCUCACGGUACUGAUAAUUCCAGACCAGGAUUUUGGACAGGGAUGGGUACAGGGGGUGUAUUAGGAUAUCUGUUUGGAAGUCAAAGAUCCCAUACAAAUACUGGUACAAGGAAUACAUGGAAUUCAACCAGUUUCCCCACUAAACCAGCGGGAAACACUGGGACAAGGACAGCGUCAGGUUUUGGAGGAACCAAAAGAAGGUAAACCUGAAGAUAAAAGAAAAUAGACUUGCAACAUGCAAAAUAAAUGGUGCCUCUCAGCAAACCAGAGGUACUAUUCACAGUUGUAGCUCUUGUGGAUUGAUUUUAAAUAGUUGUUCAAAAGGUUUACUAAAUUCUCACUUGAGGUUGUUUUUAUUAUUAUUGUUAUUAUUCUUUCAUCACUUACCCUAUGAUUAAAUUUCAAUUAAGAUGCCAUUAUCCUUACUUUUAAUGACUACCACUACUAUCAGUGUGUUACACUUGCCAUUUGUGUUGUUAUUUGGAAUGUUUUCAAAGCUACUAAAAGUAUAGAGGUGCCAGAAAUAAAAUGUAAUCUCUAUAUGUACUUUACUGGUGUGCUGUUUUGUGUAGUUAUCUUUCCAAACCUGUUAGAGCGGUGGUGUAGUUUUGAGAGAUUUUCUAGACCAGCAGUUCCCAAAACAGGUAUUUUCUUAAAUAUCAUCUGCAUAACAAUAUUCUUACAAGUCCCUUAUUGUUUUUUUGUUAUUGUUUUCUGGACUUUAUUUUCACCUGGGUGUAGAUAAUGAAACACAUCACACUCUGAAGUACACAUGGAGUUCAUCUUACCUGUAAUACAUUAAAAAUAAUAACUUGGUACAAAGUAAUAUGUUAAGAUUUCAGUAUGAAUUACAGGCUUUGUUUUU